AUGCGUAUCCACCACCGUCCUACAAAUUCACCGGAGUUCAAGAGCCCGUUUGCCCCACUUCAGCUUGCAGUCGAGGAUGAGGCGCAGCUUGAAGCGGUAGCACGGAUGUUCGUCCAGAACACCGUAGUACAGUACGAGAAGCACAUUGAGAAGGAUCGUCGAAAAGUAGACGGCAACUUCUCGAAGUGCUUAAAACAAGAAAAGACUUUGCGCGUAUUUCUACAACGUCGACGGAAGGACGUGGAGCGCCGUAAACGCCGACACGAGCGUCUUCGGAGCUUCCGUCAACGCAGCUCCGCUAUCGCCGACUUUUCCGGCACGGACGCGUUUAAUUCCAGCAUUGGUAGCCGUGACAGCAGUUGUAGCAGCAUCUCCAGCUUUUUCAGUCGACGUACAGGCAGUUUUGCCAGCACUCACAGCAACACCAACAGUUCCGACAGCAGGACAACGGCGUAUAGCAACGAUUCCGAUGCUGCCACUGGGGCGACAAUAAUUGCGGGCGUUGAGCUCCCGGUGUUACAGCUCGUUGGCUCGGUGCCAGGCUCACUAGAUGACGCCAUGUACGGUGCUCUUGGCGCUUCUACGGAAGCUAUGCGUGUGAAAAGCGCCUACGAACAUGGCAACAUAACAAACGGCGCUGUGUUGGCUACAAUUACCACGCCAAGCAUUGCCGAGCCGUUUCGAUCCUUAACGGUUAAGUGGGUCGAGCAGGAAGGUCCGACAAUCGAUCAUCAUCGAUACCACCCGCUACACUACCCGGUCACUCUUCCGGGUGCAAGCAGUCGAGAGGAUCUCAUCUUCUUGGAGGCUACAGGUACAACCCAACUGGCCUCGGGUGAGCGCGUUGGUUUCCAACUGCGUCACUCGGUGCACUUCCCUCAAACGCACGCCCGACCCAAUGUGCGACGAGGAAACAUGUCAACAUGUAUAUUAUUCCGUGACGGAGACGCCACCACUGGUGCUUCCUCGAAAGGUCCAGGUCGUGGAUCCGUUGAAGUGUUUGCGCGCGCAUGCUUAAGUGGAGGGAAUGCCGCUGUUCGAUCCACAACUGCCCAAAUGGCAGCAACGGGCACAGUUUUAUUAUGCGGGCGGAUGAAAAAGCUCGCGUGGAUGCUAGCACAACGUCAGCCACCCAUGCAGAACCCGAUGGGGUUCAUUUCUCACCAGAAUAGUCUGGCAAGUCUCACUCGUUCGCUUCCACCACAGAAAGGUAGACACGGCUCACUCACAGUCACGGUCCCGGCUGCUGCCGCGGCUGCCAUGGCUGCUUCUGACACCAAGGUGUGCGUGACCUGCAAGAAGCGCGGCCCGUGGUUCAGCUCGCAUGGCAAGAAAAAGAAACCGGCGACCACGUGUCAAUUAUGCUGGCGGUAUGUGUGCUCGUCCUGUCGCUUGAAGAAGACGGUGAUCAAUUGUAUCACCGAUCCGAGACGUGACGACCGUCUCUCAACCCACGUCGUGCAGCGUGAGGUGACGCUCUGUAACAUAUGCGUCCACCAGUCCAUGGUAGCAACCAGCGCUCGCGACGUCGCCCGUGAAGAGAUCGAAGCGGAUCCGAAGCGCUGGCGAUUCAUGCCAGAACACGCCCACGACCGCUCCUCGGACGGAUAUUCACAAGCGCACCUCCUGUCUCAACUAAGGGCCUCCACGCACGGCACGAGUGCGCUCCGUCCUGUAUCGAUUGUCUCGCUGCGCUCGGAACGCAUAGCGAACGACCUUUACCAACGUUGUGCAUGA